GCGGGGCGUGGGGUCGGUGGCUGCUAGGCGGGCGGGGCGCAGGCCGCGGGGCCCAAGCCGGGGGAGCGAGCGAGCGGAGGCGCCGAGGACCCGAUUCACUCGCUGGGGAGACCUAUGGGCCGAAGCCGUGUAAAUGCGUUUUAAGCAGGGGCCUCGGCUCCGCAACUGCCACACCUCCUCGGGGUGUUGCACAAGUUUCGAGGUCACCGGCGACCCCCCCUAGCAGCGCGCCUGGCUCUGGCCCCCGCGAAGGAGUACGGGGCUUGUGUGUUGCAUACUUUCUAAGGCGGUGGCAGCGGCUGCGCUAAGGCUCCAUCCAUCAGCACCUCCUUGGCAUGGCAGGCUACCUGAGUGAAUCGGACUUUGUGAUGGUGGAGGAGGGCUUCAGCACCGCAGACCUGCUGGAGGAGCUCACUUUGGGGGCCUCCCAGGCCACCACGGGAGAGGUUGCUGCCUUCUUCGUGGCUGACCUGGGAGCCAUAGUAAGGAAGCACUUCUGCUUUCUGAAGCGCCUGCCACGAGUCCGACCCUUUUAUGCUGUCAAGUGCAACAGCAGCCCAGGCGUGCUUAAAGUCCUGGCCGAGCUGGGGCUGGGCUUCAGCUGUGCCAACAAGGCAGAGAUGGAGUUGGUCCAGCACAUCGGUGUCCCCGCCAGCAAGAUCAUCUACUCCAGCCCCUGUAAGCAAAUUGCACAGAUCAAGUACGCCGCCAAGAAUGGGGUCCGGCUGCUGAGCUUUGACAACGAGAUGGAGCUGGAAAAGGUGGUAAAGAGCCACCCCAGUGCCAAGAUGGUUCUGUGCAUCGCUACCAAUGACUCCCACUCCCUCAGCCACCUGAGCUUCAAGUUUGGAGCAUCGCUGAAAUCCUGCAGACACCUGCUUGAAAACGCCAAGAAAAGCCAGGUGGAUGUGGUGGGUGUGAGUUUCCACAUUGGUAGUGACUGUCCCGAUCCCAAGGCCUACAGCCAGUCUAUUGCAGAUGCCCGGCUUGUGUUUGAAAUGGGCGCUGAGCUGGGCCACAGGAUGCAGAUCCUGGACCUUGGUGGUGGCUUCCCCGGAGUCGAGGGAGCCAAAGUGAGAUUUGAAGAGAUUUCUUCUGUGAUCAACUCAGCCUUGGACCUGUACUUCCCAGAGGGCUGUGGUGUAGACAUUCUUGCCAAGCUGGGGCGAUACUAUGUGACCUCAGCCUUCACCUUGGCAGUCAGCAUUAUCUCCAAGAAGGAGGUUUUUCUGGACCAGCCUGGCAGGGAGGAGGAAAACGGUCCCACCCCGAAGACCAUCGUGUACUACCUCCACGAUGGCGUGUAUGGAAGCUUCAACUCAGUCCUGUUUGACAACACCUGCCCUACCCCCAUGCUGCAGAAGAAACCAUCCUCGGAGCAGCCCCUAUACAGCAGCAGCCUGUGGGGCCCGGCGGCCGAAGGCUGUGACUGCAUAGCUGAGGGCUUGCGGCUGCCGCAACUACAUGUAGGGGACUGGCUGGUCUUUGAGAACAUGGGCGCUUACACCGUGGGCAUGGGCUCCCUUCUCGGGGGAACCCAGGCCUGCCGCAUCACCUAUGCCAUGUCUCGGGUGACCUGGGAAGCACUUCGAGGGCAGCUGCUGCCUGCAGAACAGGACGACGAUGCUGAAGGUGUGUGCAAGCCUCUGUCCUGCGGCUGGGAGAUCACAGACACCUUGUGUGUGGGCCCUGUCUGCACUCCAGCCAGCAUCAUGUGAGCGGGCCCCGUUCCCCCACAGACAACCCCAACGGGGCCGCAGAGAUGACUCUGGGAGAGGUGGGGAUGAUGGCAAGCAAGGCACCCUCCGGCCAGGGCUCUGGUGCUCACUCUGCCACUUCCCCACACUCCACCUGUAGUGUUUCUGCCCUGUAAAUAGGACCAGUCUUACACUCGCUGUAGUUCAAGUAUGCAACAUAAAUCCUGUCCCUUCCAGCUGUGUCUGCCUCCUCUGCAGGGUAAGGGACUUGGUCAGCCAGCUCUGGGGGUGUUUUGGGGGUCUCCCUCAGUCUCCUCCUCACUUUUGUAAAUAUGAAGCAAAUAAAUAUUUAGGUUUU